CGGCCGGGCUUCGUCUCCCGCCACAGCUCUCCUCACGCUCGGCUCCCGCGGCGGAGAGCCGGAGAAAGUAGUGCGGGUGGGCGGCCGCGAGGCUGCACGCGUUCGGCAUCCCGGGGCCGCUCCGGCCCGGGCGGCGAGGGGGCCCGGCGGUCCAUGCAUCCGCCGCCGCCCACCGCUGCCGCGAUGGAUUUCAGUCAGAACAGCCUGUUCGGCUACAUGGAGGACCUGCAGGAGCUCACCAUCAUCGAGAGGCCGGUCCGCCGGAGCCUCAAGACACCGGAAGAAAUAGAAAGACUGACAGUUGAUGAAGACCUCAGUGAUAUUGAAAGGGCUGUUUAUCUGCUCAGUGCUGGGCAAGAUAUCCAAGGUACAAGUGUGAUUGCAAAUCUUCCAUUUUUGAUGCGACAGAAUCCUGCUGAGACACUUCGGAGAGUUUUGCCAAAAGUCAGAGAAGUCCUGCAUGUUGCAGGAGUGGAAAUGCAGUUAACAGCUGCAGUAUCGUUUUUGACCAUUCUACAGGAAGAAUCAGUAUCCAUUCAUGCAUAUGCCCACUCCUUCUUACAAGUCAUUCUGCUGCAUCUGGAACACAGGGAUGCAGGUGUCAGCAAUGCAUGGCUGGAAACUCUUCUAUCAGUAAUUGAAGCAUUGCCGAAAGAAACCCUAAGGCAUGAGAUUUUGAAUCCACUUGUUUCCAAGGCACAACUUUCCCAAACAGUCCAGUCUCGUUUAGUUAGUUGUAGAAUUUUAGGAAAAUUGACCAACAAAUUUGAUGCCCAUACCAUUAAAAGAGAAAUUCUUCCCCUUGUAAAAUCACUCUGCCAAGAUGUAGAAUAUGAAGUUCGAUCUUGUAUGUGUCGGCAAUUAGAAAAUAUAGCCCAGGGCAUUGGGACAGAACUUACAAAAAGUGUUGUGCUCCCUGAAUUAAUAGAACUCUCUAGAGAUGAAGGCAGCAGUGUGCGGCUUGCAGCUUUUGAAACUUUGGUUAAUCUGCUUGACAUAUUUGAUACAGAUGAUAGAAGUCAAACUGUACUUCCCUUAGUGAAAUCAUUUUGUGAAAAAUCUUUCAAAGCAGAUGAAUCGAUUCUUAUUUCCUUAUCUUUCCAUUUAGGAAAACUAUGUCAUGGACUAUAUGGUAUUUUUACUCCAGAUCAACACUUGAGAUUUUUGGAGUUUUAUAAGAAGCUCUGUACAUUGGGUUUGCAACAAGAAAAUGGACACAAUGAAAACCAGAUUCCACCCCAAGUCCUAGAGCAGGAGAAGAAAUAUAUUUCAGUACGGAAGAACUGUGCUUAUAACUUUCCGGCCAUGAUUAUUUUUGUUGAUCCUAAAAACUUCCACAUGGAACUCUAUUCUACAUUCUUCUGCCUUUGUCAUGACCCUGAAGUACCAGUCAGAUACACUAUUGCUAUUUGCUUUUAUGAAGUGUCUAAACUUCUGAAUUCUGGAGUAUAUUUAAUACAUAAAGAACUAAUAACACUAUUACAAGAUGAAUCACUGGAGGUACUAGAUGCCCUUAUAGAUCAUCUUCCAGAAAUUUUGGAACUUAUGUCUACUGGCGGAGAAAGCAGUAGUCAAGAAAAUAAGUUAUCAGCUCUGCCUGACUUGAUUCCAGCACUCACAGCUGCUGAACAGCGGGCUGCAGCCUCUUUAAAAUGGAGGACUCAUGAGAAGCUACUACAGAAAUUUGCCUGUCUGCCACAAAUCAUAUCAAGUGAUCAGAUUUAUUAUCGUUUCUUGCAAAGAAUGUUCACAAUCAUGAUGACAAAUAAUGUCUUACCUGUCCAAAAGGCAGCAUCACGAACCCUAUGCAUUUUUCUACGUUAUAAUCGUAAGCAAGAACAGAGACAUGAGGUCAUUCAAAAGUUAAUUGAACAACUGGGCCAAGGAAAAAGUUACUGGAAUAGACUUCGAUUUUUGGAUACCUGUGAAUUUAUUAUAGAGAUCUUUUCCAAAUCAUUUUUCUGUAAAUAUUUCUUUUUACCUGCUAUUGAACUGACACAUGAUCCAGUAGCAAAUGUGAGAAUGAAACUUUGCUACUUGUUGCCCAAAGUGAAAUCUACUCUGACGAUCCCUGCAGAUAAGCAUCUACUUCAACAGUUAGAAAUGUGUGUAAGAAAACUCCUAUGUCAAGAAAAAGAUAAAGAUGUCCUGGCUAUUGUAAAAAGAACUGUGUUAGAGUUGGACAGAAUGGAAAUGUCUAUGGAUGCUUUUCAGAAAAAGUUUUAUGAAAAAGAUUUGUUGGAUCAAGAAAAAGAAAGAGAAGAACUACUUUUGGAAAUGGAACAAUUAGAGAAAGAGAAGCAACAGAAUGAUGGAAGGCCCCUGAGUGAUAAAAUCUUUGAAAAGAAACGUAGAGAUUCUAAGACACCAACACUUCUGCCCAAGAGCACCCCUGUUUCUGUUCCUGGACCCUCUUCUGCCACCCCUUCGACAAGCAAAGAAAUCAAGAAAUCCAAACUGAUUCGAAGCCAGUCUUUUAAUAAUCAAGCUUUUCAUGCAAAAUAUGGCAACUUAGACAAGUGCAGUGGUAAAAGUUCCACAUCAGGAUAUACACCUUCUGCCUCAAGUUUAGCAAAGACUUCUAUGAUUUCACUAACUGAUGAAUCAUUCCGGAAUCGUAAUGCUAGUAGUGUUCCGACUUCCUUUUCUCCUAAUACUCCCUUACCAAGCACCUCCUGUGGGACAAGUAACCCAGUUGAUCCAAAGAGCAGUGGAAGCAAAGAUACACAACCACGGAAGACUACUUUAAAAUCCAGAAAAUCCAAUCCAUAAAUCAUCUGCUUGAUGACGGAGACAAAACAAACACAGCUGGAGCUGAUGAGAUUGAUGGCCAAAAGGACAAACACUUCUUUUUUUUUAGGAAAAGAGACACAAUGGCAUCUGAUGUUGAUAAAUUAGAUUCCCUAGGAGGUAUAAUAUAUAAUAUAAUAAUGUGUGUGCAGAAUUCCAAUGUUUUACAGUGAAGUGUAAUGAAAAACAACUUUAGUUAUGUGCUUUAACUACUGUUGCAGAAGAGACAAGUCUGCCUUUAUUUGUGCAAGCAACCAUCUCUUUAAUUGUUCUCAUUUAGCAUUUUAGCAUUUAAGAAUUGUAUGAAAAUCCAAAUCAGCUGAAAUUGCCUUAGCUAGAUAAUCAUUUUGAGGGGGACUGGGGAAGUAAGGAAGAUAUUCCAUUUUCUUAAGGAUCUCCAAGUCCAGCUGAAAAGUCAUGCUGAAAAGGGUAUAAACAACUGUCCAAAAUUUAUUGGUCCUAUAAUUGUAGUGACAAUGUGUUGUACCUGGACAUUUACAAAUUUAAAUUUGGCAAUGAAAAUUCUAUGAAGAUUUCCAAUAACUUUUAGUUACUAGCACUUUAAAAAUAAUAGAUUGAUGAUUUCCUUUAUUUCAUAGAAAAUUUAUUUUAUAAAUAUUUUGUUUACAUUUCAGAUUGUAUUUGUCUUUCCUUAAUUUAAAAUGAUGAAUCUAGUUUGAAUCAGCUGUUCUUCCAAGCUAUCAUGCUUAAGCUAUGUCAACAACAUUUAUUUGUAUUAAUGCUAAAUAUUUCCAUCAAAAUUUGCGUGUGGAACAUAUACCAUUCUUAAUUUUGAAAUGUCAGUUCUUGAGAUAUACUAUAUGAAGCUACUGUGAGCUUCUCUAUUUCACAAUGCAAUCAGCAUAUAACUAUAUUAAUAUUAGAAAAUAUUUGUUUUAUAAAAUAUAUUGAUGUAUGAUAAAGAUGAUCUAAUUUGUGAAUGCAUAUGUGUGUGUUUACUUUUUAUAAUGUGAAAUAAUGAGAAAUGAAUUUACUUAAAAUAAAACAUAGGUUAAUGGGAAACCUAUAUUUGUGAAAAAAGUUUUAAAUAUUUUUCUGCAGUUUUUAUUUUGUAUUUAAAAAGCAAGAUCUUUCACUUUUAAGUAAUGAAUGAGAGUAGCAUACUGAUAACAACUAUCAGUUACUCAGGAGGUAAUUAUUCAUAAUGAGACUUUCCCUUCUUAUGGCCUCUUUUUGGCUAUUAGUGAUUCUUAAUAUCCUUCAUCAAAGGAUAAUCAGGUAAAUGGAAUUGCUCAUCUUACUUAUUUUGUCAAUGGUUAAAAUUGGGUAGGUAAAAGAAACUUGACAAUAUUGGCUAAACAAAUUUAGUACUUUUUUGUGGCUUUCAUUGAGCUAUUUUAAUUAUCUCUCUUACUAGCAUCAAUAAUGUGGAAAUGAAUAUAUUAUAAUCUAGGAUAGAGUAUUGUGGGGCAUGAUGGGACAUGAAAGCUGCUUUAGUUUUUCCAGCACUUUGAUUCAUAGUCAGCAUUGACUGUUAAUUUAAAUAAAGUCAAGAAUAUCAAUUUAUUUGUUAAAUAAUAAAUUUAGCAGGGUUAUAAUCUUUUAUUUUCCCAUCAUUCAUAUGGGAGAGGAGUAAAUUAAUUUGAUAGAGAAAAAUUACAACAACGUAUAAAGUUUAGGAAUAUAGAGAAGUUAAUUGCAAUCUUAUUCCUAGAUACUAAAUUAUCAAUUAAGACAGUUAAUCGAAUUGCUUUUGUAGAUUUUUUCACAGAACAUGGUAAUUUCUAAAAACUUGGAAAGCUUUGAUAAAAAAUACUUCUAAGGGCAUUUAUAGAAACAGUAAAGAACAAUUGGUGACAGUUAAGAAUUUUCACACGUAUCUCCAUUUAGACCAGAAAACAAGAUAGAUAUUCUUGUAAAAGUUCUGUUUAACAAUUUACCAGGUAGGUCUUUUGAACUAGUUGUAUGACAAAGAAAGAUCUCCCUCCAUCUGUAGCUGCAGGAAAAAGGAAACAUCUCCAUUUUUUUGUUAAUUAUGGAGACUUGCAUUUUUAAAGAUAGGUUCUAGAAUUUCAUUAAUUAGCAUUAUAGGCAAAAAGCAGGCCUGUAGAGCUCAAAUUUGCUGGGAACUACCUUGAAGAUAGGGCUCAAAAGGAUUUCAUAUAAAAGAAGUAGAUAGAAUAAGGAGCAUAUAGAAUUUUCCUCCCACAACUGCAUACAUGUUUUUAAAAUCAUCUCCAUUAUUUAACCGAGCUUGGGCAUCUUAUUCUUAUUCUGGAAAGAUGGCUCCAGUUUGUCUUGAAAUUAUUGAACAUAGAAGAAAUAUUUGAACUGAAAUGAAGCAGGCUCUUCAGCUGGAGUAGGAGUUUUGCCUUGAGGAUAAAAUGAAUUAGAUUAAUUCAGUAAUCUGUUCUCAGUUGUUAGAGCAAGUGUGUGAGAGUGUGAAUAUGUCUGCAUGAGAGAGAAUGUACUAGGAACAAAUUUUAAAACCCAACAUUUAAGUCUAGUGAAGUCUUAUACAGUGUUCAGAUUUGUUAAAACCUUGACAUUUUUGUUAAGAUAAAUUAUAUUUUUCACUGUUCUUAAUUUUUUCACCAUGCAUGCAUACAUAGAAAAUCUCAAACUUAGUGUCUUAGGAACAUCUUCAGUCGUAUAUGGGGCAACAUUAAAAAAAAAAAAAUCUUUGAAAUAGAGAAUAAGACCAUUUUCCUCCUUAAAGAAGCAAUGUUGUUCUAUUGUUGCUGUUUUGUAAUGUAUAAUGGGGGUGGAAGGUGGGGUUAUGAUCUGCAUGCUAUGUGAGUCCUUCAGUAAAAUGAAACUUAUUAUAACUGGAUUUGGCAAUAUUUAUUCCAGAUGAUAUUGUAUUCUUAUGGGCUUUCUUUUCUAGAUUUCAUCUCUUAAAAGUGAGAAAUUUGACUGAAUCCUCCUCUACCCCCCUUUCUAUUUUUCCCCAAACAAAAUUAAUUGAUCAAGCCACUUAAGAACAUCAGUUGCAUUAGUCCCCUAUCUUUGUCACUCUUUUUUAGACCCUUAGACCCCAGAAUUGCCUUGCCCUGAACAAGUGUCAGUUUUUGGAAUGGAUACAGGAAUGAAUUAGUGUCCAGAUUUUAAAAUGACGAAAAAUCAGUCUUUAGACAGCCUCUUAAUGUUAUUGCCUAUUCACAUUAAGUACUAUUCAUAUUACCCUGAUUUAGAUUAGUAAUCAAGAUGACAAGUUGAUAAAUUAAUUUUAGGUAAAUUUAAACUUAGGGUACGAAACAGAAAAGGAAUACAUUUAUAAUAUCCAAUUAAUCAUUUAAUCAAAACAGUUGACACUCUUAAUAUUAGUUAGCUCUAUUCAUGAUUCUCUGAAUUUACUCCUAAAAUAUUUUCUUGUUUCUAUGACGAAAAAUGACUGCCUUAAGAAAGUUUCAGGGAUGUUUGCUGUUUUCCUUUUUCCCUUGGGACAAGUCCAUGCUCAUAUUCUGUUUCAACCACAGUGGGUAACUGAGAGUUAAGUGUGUGCUGCCUGUUUAGCUGGACCCUGUCAGAUAGUUUUAGAGAAGGAAGGGAGACUGGAAGGUUUAGGGAAUGAGGUCAGGAGAGGCAGGCCUCUACCUCUGCCAUUGCCAAACUGGGUGACUUUGGAAAAGUGUUUUCCUUUCUCUUGGCAGGGAUGACUUACUCAUUAGGCAGAGUAGGCACAGUUUCUAAGGCACACAAUACUUUUAAAGGCCCAUGAAAAUGUUUUACUUCUCAUUCUCACACUAAGCAAGAUACAUAUGCCAGUAGAUUAUAUUCAUGGAUAUAUAUAUAUAUGCCAAUGCCUGUCUUUGGGUUGUUAUUUCCUUUAUUUUAA